GGUGGUUGCCUCUCAGUCGGUCAUACCCAGGACGGCUCCCUGUGUGAUAUCAAACAUGCUUCCUAAGGUUGUUCUGUUAGUGUGCCUGCUCCCUCUGGCGCUGUGCCAUGGUGGAUCCAGCGAAGAGAUGGGCGGUUUCAUGGGAGGAAUGGACGGAGAGUCCGGAGACAUGUUCGAGAAGAUGAAGGAAUUCAUGGAGAAGCGGGAAGAGGAGAAAGAGCACUUCGAAGGCGAUGGCGACUGCAAGAGCAAGGAAGAAGCUCAGAUGAAGCAAUAUUCCAUGAUGAAGAAGUUCCAAGAAAUGCAGAAGAUGCAGGAGAUGAAAAAGAAGAUGGAGAUGAAGGAGAAGAUGGAGAAGUUCAAGAAGUACCAAAUGUUCAUGGAGAAAAUGCAGCAGCAGAAGGAGGAAGCAGCAAUGGAGCAGAAGAAGAAGAUGUACGAGCUGUGGCAGAAGCAUGAGGAGAUGAAGAAGAAGAAGGCUAAGGAGGGCGAGUUCAAGGAGCUUAUCGAGUCCUUCCAGGAACAGAAGAACAAGUUCGCCUUCCAGCUCACACACGCCUUCCUUCAGCUUUGCCAGUGUGGAGAGGUCAACGCACAGAUGAACAAGAUGUUCAUGGGUUUGAGGACAAACGACGACACAGACAUGAUCGGUGGUAUGGGUGAGGGAAUGAGGGAGGCCGUAGAAGCCAUGGAGACCGGAAACAUGGCCAGCCUAGCUGAGAAGAUCAAGAAGAUGGACCACGAACAGCAGAAGAAACUCUUUAUGGGUGGUCUCGUCAAGUCGAUGUGCGGCGGAGCCAAGGCCUACGUGAUGCAGGCCAAGAGGUUCGAGGAGACCUACAUGCAGAGCAACAGCACAAUGGAGACCACAACCUCGGGUUGAGUGAGCCACUGUGGACCAGCAGCUAAUCUGAGUUUACACUGUCAAGCAUUGCUCAUGUGAAUUAUUUUUUUACUGUUUGUGUAAUAAAAGAUUUCAUAAAAUUGA